CCCACAGGGAUGGGGACGGGGACGAGGACGGACAUGGCUGCCCCCAGCCAGCCCCAGCAGGCCACCUAUGACGCCAUCGUCAUCGGGGCUGGCAUCCAGGGCUCCUUCGCCGCCUACCACCUGGCCCAGCGCCACAGGGACACCCUCCUGCUGGAACAGUUCAUCCUGCCCCACUCGCGGGGCAGCUCGCACGGGCAGAGCCGCAUCACCCGCAGCGCCUACGCCUGGAUGCUCUACGCCCGCAUGAUGCCCGACAGCUUCCGCCUCUGGCAGCGGCUGGAGGCCGAGGCCAGCACCAGCCUCUACAGGCAGACGGGGCUGGUGGUGCUGGGGCCGGCGGGGGACCCGGAGCUGGAGGGAUGCCGGCACAGCCUGGGUGCCGACCACGUCCUCGACGCCACGGCACUGGCCCAGCGCUUCCCGGGCCUCCGGCUCCACGCCGGUGAGGUGGCCAUGUGGGACGGUACCGGCGGGGUGCUCUUUGCUGACCGGGCCCUGCGGGCGGUGCAGGACGUCUUUCGCCGGCACGGGGGCACCCUGCGGGAUGGGGAGAAGGUGCUGCGCAUUGAACCCGGGGCUGUGAUCACCAUCACUACCACCACCGGGGUGUACCGAGCCCCCCGGCUCAUCAUUGCCGCCGGAGCCUGGACCGGUGCCAUCGUGGCACCCCUGGGUCUCCGCCUGCCGCUGCAGCCCCUGCGCAUCGACGUCUGCUACUGGAGGGAGAAGGAGCCGGGGAGCUCCAGCGCAGGCAGAGUGGGUCCCUGCUUCAUGGCCGUGGGGCUGAACCAAGCCCCCCAUGGCGUCUAUGGGCUGCCCGCCCUCGAGUACCCGCGGCUGGUGAAGGUGUGCUACCACCACGGUAGCCCCGUCGACCCCGAGGAACGGGACCGGGUGCCCCCGGGCACCCCUCGCCCCGAUGUUGCCAUCCUGAGCAGCUUCAUCAGCAGUUACCUGCCCGGGCUGGAGCCCCGGCCGGCCGUGGUGGAGACCUGCCUCUACACGAACACCCCAGAUGGAGACUUCAUCCUAGACCGGCACCCCAAGUUCAACAACAUCAUCAUCGGGGCCGGCUUCUCCGGCCACGGGUUCAAGCUGGCGCCAGUGGUGGGGAAGCUGCUGUGCGAGCUGAGCCUGGGCGAGGAGCCGUCCCACAGCACGGCCCCCUUUGCCAUCACCCGCUUCCCCGGCGUGCUCCGGGCUGCGCUGUAGGUGCGGGAUCCCGUCUGCGCCCCGACGGCAUCGCACUGGCCUGCAGCUGUGUCACUGCACCCCACUGUCCUUACAUCCCACUGUGCCGGCAUCCCCCCACCCCUGCAGCCCCACGUAUCUCCAUCUUCCCGCAUCCUGGUGUCCCAAUAUGCUCCAUCCGUCCCCAUGUCUCUCUACUCCACUGUCCCAGCACCCGGCAUUCUGGCACCCCUCCAUCCCAGCAGCCCUCCAUCUGUGCCCCCCAGCACCCCCAUACUCCUGCACCCCUGCUACCUGCAUCCCAGCACCCCUCCAUCCCCACUUCCCACAUCCCAGCACCCCUGCACUCCUGCAGCCUGCACCCUGACAACCCAACAUCCCCACAUCCCAACAGCCCUGCAUCUCUCCAUCCCCACAUCCCAGCAUCCUGGUACCCUGUCUCCCCACAUCCCAGCACCCCUCCAUCCCCAUACCCCUGCCUCCUGGCUACCUGCAUCCCAGUACCCCUCCAUCCCCACAUCCCAGCACCCCUGCAUCUCUCCAUCCCCACAUCCCAGCAUCCCCAAAUCCCUGCUUCCCGGUACCCUGUCUCCCCACAUCCCGGCAUCCCGGCAUCCCAGUACCCCUGCCUCCCUGCUACUUGCAUCCCAGUACCCCUCCAUCCCCACAUCCCAGCAUCCCCAAAUCCCUGCUUCCCGGUACCCUGUCUCCCCACAUCCCAGCAUCCCGGCAUCCCCAUACCCCUGCCUCCCUGCUACCUGCAUCCCAGCACGCCUCCAUCCCCACAUCCCCAGAUCCCAGCAUCCCCAUACCUCUGCCUCCCUGCUACCUGCAUCCCAGCACGCCUCCAUCCCCACAUCCCCAGAUCCCAGCAUCCCCAUACCCCUGCCUCCCUGCUACCUGCAUCCCAGCACGCCUCCAUCCCCACAUCCCCAGAUCCCAGCAUCCCCGUACCCCUGCCUCCCUGCUACCUGCAUCCCAGCACGCCUCCAUCCCCAAAUCCCAGCAGCCCCGCAUCUCUCCAUCCCCACAUCCCAGCCUCCUGGUACUCUGCCUCCCCACAUCCCAGCAUCCCCGCAUCUCUCCAUCCCCACAUCCCAGCCUCCUCGUACUCUGCCUCCCCACAUCCCAGCAUCCCCAUAUCCCUGCAUCCCAGCAUCCCCCAUGCCGCGCGGUGCCAAGCCGUCUCUGCCAAGCACCCGCUCCCCGGAAACAAAUUAAGGAGCU